AGUUUCUCUAAUAAGUGGGGGAGAGGAGAGAAUUGUGAACUGAGGGAAGCUCUCGGAAUCGUUUUGUUCGCAGUGGAGGAUGUGGUGUUACGAUUGGGGAGACGGUCAUGGCUCUGACUUCUUCGAUUUCGAUUUCGAGAACUUCAAGGAUCACUACAAAGUUCUUGAAUUGAACUGUGACGCUUCUGAUGAUGAGAUUCGUUCCAGCUUUAUUCGUCUUGCACUGAAAUGGCAUCCGGACAAAUUUAAAGAAGAGGAUUCUGCUACUUCUAGGUUUCAAGAAAUCAACGAGGCUUAUCAAGUACUGAGCGACCCAUUUACAAGGAAGGAGUACGACAAGAAAAGGAUGCGUCGUAUCUACCAGCACAACACGGAACUAUUGAAUGAGUACAAGGAGCUCAUACUGACUUGCAAUGGCCUUGGGAUGAAGCAUUACCUUUGGUAAAAAUUAGUAAAUUAAGAUUAGGUGAUGAUGAUAUGUAAUCAGUUUGUAUGAUGAUGAAUUAGCAUAUGUAGCAGGGUUUGAGUUUAGGAUCAUCAUCAGCAUAUUAUUAUUUAGCAGGGUUGAGUUUUGUUACUUGUGAGCGAAAGGGGCAUCAAUUAGACACUAAAUCAAGUUUUUAGAGUCUCUGCUUUUCACAUUAUGAUCAAAUGGUUUUAUUAGUCAUCUCUCGAUCAACCAUUAUAUA